GGAAAAGAUCUCUGAGAAUGGCAAAAUGUUAUUCCUAUCAAUACGAGACAAACAAAUUAGAAGCAAUGACUGAGAAAUGGUCUCAGUAAAUUUUGGCAAAUCAAGGAUUAGUAUUUUUUAGCCCCUAAUGGCUUGAAAAGCAAUGAAGGGGAAAAGAAGGUCAAGAUUUUUCUUCCAUCUUGUAAUUCUGGUUCAAUAUGUUUUUUGCCAUCCACAUCUCGAGACGAAUUCGGAACUACUUUGUUGUGAGAAAUUAACCAACACAAGUGAUUUUCGCUGCUGGAAUGAAACAUCAGAGAUGAAUAGCACAGCGAAUACGGCAGUAACUGGCCAUUGUGUACGAGGAAUGUCGAAGAAAACAUGUUUUAAAGCAACUUUGUUGGAGCCAUGCCGAGAAAAUCCAAUGGAGAGUAUCAUACCUCUGGGGAAGAGAGAAAUACAUAUAGGAGCAUUCGUUCCUUUCCUAAAGGAUGAUAGAAACGGUCACUAUAAUGCUAUGAAGAUGGCUAUCGACAUCAUUAAUAAUAGAUCUGAUAUAUUGCAAAAUUAUACACUGGUGUUGGACGUGGAGGAUACUGCUUGGGACAAUGGUGCAUACGCCAUAAAGGCGUUCUACAACCUGCUAAACAAGGAAAGGAGACCUGCAAUAUUGCUUGGACCUUCAAGUACAGAGGCCUUAGAGCCUGUGGCAGAGGCUGCGCCACUGUGGAAGCUCAUUCAGGUUUCUUACGCGUCAGGCUCUCCAAAAUUUGAUUCAGGGAAAUAUCGCAACACUUAUCGAGGAGCUCCAUCGUCAACGUCAUACAGCAAGGCUAAGGUGGCCUUUAUCAAAUAUUUUGGCUGGAAAAGAGUGGCUAUACUCUAUCAGUAUGAUCCAGAAUUCUUUUCCCCGACGGUGGAUAAGCUCAAAAAUGAACUGAAGAAAAACAAUAUCAGCAUCAUUGCAGUGGAGGGAUUUGAACAGCUUGGCGACGUCAGUUUUCAAAUACGGAAACUCAAGUCUCUAGAUGCAAGAAUCAUAAUAGGCGAGUUUGGCUACGUCGGAGCCCAAAACGUCUUUUGUGAGGCUUUUAAGCAAAAAAUGUAUGGUCCGAACUAUGCCUGGAUAACAUUUGGCGAUGUUGCACCAAGCCAAAUAUUUCGAUCACCAGACAAAGAAAAGAUUCCCUGCACAGUUGACGAGCUGAGGCAAGCAGCUGAUCGUUACAUAUCGAUGGUCAAGCUAGAUAUUCGCCAAGAUGACAACGUAACGUUCUCUGGAAUGACUGCGGAAGGUUUUUGGAGUGAAAUGCUCAAGUUGAAUAAGAACAAGUCUCUCAGAAAAGAAUCUGCGUACGCCUUUGACGUAGCAUGGAUAAUCGCGUUAACACUGAACGCUUCCCUCGCCAAUGGAUUGGAGUACGAGAACCUCCACACGCCAGAUUACAAAUAUCCUCUUGGGAUGAAACAACUUAUCAGGAAGAUAAGUUUUCAAGGACUUACUGGUCCAGUUCGCUUUGAAGAUAACAGAGAGCGAUUGGGAACAGUUCUUAUCAAACAGAACAGGAAAGGAAAUGAGACCAGAAUUGGUCAACAUUUUACGUUCUCAGAUCAACUCCACAUCUUCAAAGAUGAAAAAAAAGAAAUAUGGCCUGAUAAGAUACCAAAGGACGACACUGUCAGAAAUUUUGAGUUCAUGAUAAUCCCGCUACCUCUUAUAGUAAUCAUGUGGCUUAUGGCAGUGGUGGGAAUCAUCUGCUCAGCAGGGUUUUUAUAUUUCAACAUCAGCAACCGAAAGCAUAGAGUUAUCAAGAUGUCGUCGCCGAAGCUCAAUAACAUAAUUAUCUUGGGAUGUAUACUUUGUUACGCCUCGGUUGUUCUUCUUGGAUUAGAUGCGAGGUUUCUUGAUAUUGGAGAAUACGGAUACAUUUGCAAUGCGCGAACUACAGUACUGUCCUUUGGUUUUUCUUUAUCAUUUGGUGCCAUGUUCAGCAAGACUUGGCGGGUUCACAAGAUUUUUACAGCCGCUAAGACUCUCAAGAAAAUGGCAAUAAGGGAUUUUCAUUUGCUUGUCAUUGUAGCAAGUUUAUUGUUGGUAGACUUAGUAUUCUUAUCCACAUGGGUAGCAAUUGAUCCUCUUAAAACCGAAAUAUUGCGCUUCGAAGAGUUGACACAAAAAGAACAAGAUGUUAUCAUUAUCCCUGCGUUAUUCCAGUGCACCUGUAGAUACAAGACAUAUUUUCUUGGGGUAUUGUUUGGCUACAAAGGAAUUCUCCUGCUGUUUGGGCUCUUCCUGGCUUGGGAAACACGUAAUGUUACCAUUCCUGCUCUAAACGACUCCCGAUACAUCGGAAUGUCGGUUUACAACGUGGUGGUGCUCUCCAUCAUUGGGGCUAUAGUGGCCAUUGCCUUGGAUGGAUCCAUGUACUAUAAAGCACCUUACGCCGUUUCGUCGCUGUGUCUCAUCGUGUGUACCACUGCGACACUCUUACUGGUUUUUGUACCAAAAAUGUAUCAAUUUCUAACAAAGGAUGAGUCGUUGACAACUCAGGCCUCGAGUAUGCAUAUCGGCCAAACUAGAAAAGGAGCAACCAGUAACAGCUUUAACUGUGGUACAAGCCCCGUCCUGAGGGAGCGUAACACCUCAUUUACUUGUAAAGGAACACAAACAGACUGUGAUGUCCCUGGAAGUGCAGUAAACCGAGUCAUGUUCCAGAGCAAAGGUUCCUCGUCAGAUGACAGACCUUAUGAAAUUCGGAUGGAAGACAUCGAACUUAAGGAAAGCAUGGUGGUAGCGUCCUCAGACCCGUGAGCCAAGCAUCAAAAACUAUUACUCUGAAAUUUCAUAAAACUUAUAACCGUAACAAAUCGAGUGAUGUAGCAGUAAAAAGCAACCACUUAACUUGUUAUAUCAUUCUACUGUAGCCUUUGUCAAAGUGUCAAAAUAUUUCCCGUUUUACCCCAGGUUAAAAUUAGAGAUGCAAAUGAGAUAAAAACUAUUCAAAUCCAUACUGUACAUACGUCCAAAAGUGAGUCUUCGUCUAACUUAUUUUGACCCAAAACGGUUACUUUACCACAGCUGUAGUUAACGACUCACGUUUUGACGUGACUGUGUUGCAAUCUUCUAGGGGAAAGUGGUAUUUCUUUCAGAGGUCGUCGGUCAGAUAUUCGUGAAGCAUUGCCUCGAUUUAGGAAGUAACGUCUAGUCAUUUCAACCACUUUGUCUGUUAACAGUAAUUUCUGUGCAAGUUUAUUUAACGAGUCUUUUCAUGACCUGAUUCCCAUCACCAUUCUCGAAUUAUCUCCUCCUUUACCUUGUUUCGAUAUUGUAACAAAAAAAUUCGGUCCUCGAGAAAGGAAUGAAAGGGGAGAGGGAUGUUUCGACAAAACUUGACAAGAGUUGUAGUCCUCUCGGCGAAUUACACUUUACUCGAUGCGACUGUAAUUUUCUUGGCAAGACUGAAGUGUGAAUAAAGAGAAAAGCUCGUGAAGAAGCCCUCAUUAACCUGCCAGCGUCGGUCAGGGUAUUUGUCAAAUCAAAUAAACUUGAAUCUUCUCCAACUAAAAUACUGAGCCUUCAUUAAGGAACUAUCAUAACCAGGGCAAAAGCAGAGACCCUCCAUCUGGAAAUUGUAAUCGUAAAAAAUCUAAUCUUCAGUGGCAAUGU